CUUGAUAACCUGGGAAACGGGUAGAAAAAAGACGUCACAUCUUUCCUGUUCUGGGUUCUCUCUCUCUCUGGAAGCUCUGAGAAAUUUCAGCUUCUUCUUUAUGAUAUGAAAGUGGAAGAUAUGGAGAAAGGGAAAAGGGAUGUGUACUCUCCAGACACAGUUCUUGAGGACUAUUUAACGAGAUUAGAAUCAGAAACAGACUCUUCAAAAGAGAACACUUCAGAAUUUGAAGCUUGCAGAGACCCAAAAUCUACUUCGGGAUGGGCUCGAUUUUUCAGAUUUUGGCGAAGUAGAUCAAAAAACUCUGUAGCCACCUUGCGCCCUCUUACUAUUAUGAAACUAUCUAGAAGAUUUAGCCGUAGUAUGAGAGAGGAAAUUGCAGUGGUGGUGCCAAAUCCAAUUGUAGAUGAAACUCACUUGACCUAUUUCAAGCCUCAUUGUAAAAUUUUCAGUCUCUUAGAACUCCAAAAAGCAACCAACAGUUUUAACCAUGAAAACUUGAUUGGAAAGGGUGGCUAUGCUGAAGUUUACAAAGGGUGUUUGAGAGAUGGGGGGCUUGUUGCGAUUAAACGUCUGACACGAGGAACACCCGAAGAGAAGAUAGGGGACUUCUUAUCCGAGCUUGGUAUUAUGGCCCAUGUUAACCAUCCAAAUACUGCUAAAUUACUCGGGUAUGGGGUCGAAGGAGGAAUGCACCUUGUUCUUGAGUUGUCUCCCCAUGGCAGUUUGGCUUCUCUGCUUCAUGGUUCGAAGAGGAUGAUCGAAUGGGAUGUUACGUAUAAAGUUGCACUAGGAACAGCUAAAGGUCUUUUGUAUCUUCAUGAGGGUUGUCAAAGGAGGAUCAUCCACAGAGAUAUCAAGGCUGCAAAUAUAUUGCUUACAGAGGACUUUGAGCCUCAGAUUUGUGAUUUUGGGCUUGCAAAAUGGCUGCCGGAGCAAUGGACUCACCACACUAUCUCAAAGUUUGAAGGCACCUUUGGCUAUCUUGCUCCGGAGUUCUUAAUGCAUGGUAUAGUGGAUGAAAAGACGGAUGUUUUCGCCUUUGGUGUGCUGCUGUUGGAACUCAUCAGUGGACGUCGAGCUCUUGAUUACUCACAGCAAAGCCUUGUUUUGUGGGCAAAACCCCUGCUUAAGAAGAACAGGAUCAGAGAGCUUGUUGAUCCUUCACUUGGUGAUAACUACGACUCACUACAGAUGAAGAUCGUUGUUUUGGCUGCCUCCUUAUGUGUGCAGCAGUCUUCAAUUCAACGUCCGAAAAUUAGUCAGGUUUUAGAGAUUCUAAAAGGUAAUCAUGGGAGCUUAGAAUUGGUGGAAAAUGGUAGGAAGCCAUCAUAUUGGAUAAGGUACUAUGAAGAGCUUUUUAAAGCACAAGAGAGCAACUUCACCAGGGACUUGAAUGUUCUUAAUCAGCAGAAACAGAUGGCUCAGGAAGUCUGAAAAAUGGCUGGUUUGUACAUCAUUUUCAUCAGUAAGCAUCAUACUUAACAGUAUUAUCAUUCUGAAGGGGUGUGCGGAGGCUAGAUAUUCGAACUACAAUUUCUCGAUUAAUUUGGCCCAUCCAAGCCACCAGCCUGCUGGGGCAUGGUAACAUGCGUAGUUGUGCUAAUGAACUGGUGAGAACCGUUUCUGAUCAAUGGGUCAUCACAAUUCACAGCAUCAACUAUAAGGGCUUCGGGAUCUUUUGCAAUUUAACUUCCUACUAAAUUGCAAGAUGAGUUGUAGUUUUCCUCUGUGGAUAUACGAGAGUAUGAAAGAUCAGAUAGACGGAAGAAAGAAGAUAAGCAAGAAGAACAGUCACACCGGUGUUUGAUGGAAGUUAAGCAUAAGCAAUAUUCUUUAGUUCCUUAGUGAAUAUGAAUCUGUAAAUUCUGUAUCAGCAAUUUAGUUUUUGUUGUUAUUUGUAUAGUGUAUCCCUCAUGUUGUCCAUAGUAUUGUGAGUUAAUGAUCAUUUAUAUGUAAAGCCAGCACAGUUCACCACAGUCAGUUGAAUAUGAAAAG